GGCAGGGAAAAGAUUACGCCUGGCUAAAAAUUUCGUUUCGUGUAUAUCACCAAGCAGCAUUUCACGUGAGUCUGUUGUUGUCACUCCCGAAACUGAGCCUUUUUUUUUUUUUUUUUUUUAAAGUCGACAUUUUAGCCCUCGACCAUUUGAGGCUUGACUUCCCAACACUGACUGUGACUUUGACGGACAAGCGGCGGUUUCCUGUGCUAGCUUACCGACACACACGGACGGUAACGGCGUCUGCACAAUGUAACCCAACCGGCCGGUGUUUAAUGUCACCCCAGGCGUGAAUUUGGGAUUUCACCGGGCGGUAUUACAGUAGGGUUUCGGUCUGCGAUGAUGUGUGGGAGGUCGGGAUGAUGACAAGAAGAUGGCGAGCGGGGUUGGAAGCAAACACAAGUUGCUUGCCAUUGGACCGACGGAGCCAUGGUCAGUGAGGGAGAAGCUGUGUUUGGCCACAUCUGUCAUGAAGAGCGGAGACCAGAACUGGGUGUCUGUCAGCCGAGCCAUCAAACCAUUUGCAGAACCUGGACGACCACCUGAUUGGUUUUCUCAAAAGCACUGUGCCUCCCAGUACUCCGAGCUCCUGGAAACAACAGAAGCCCCAAAGCGCAAGCGCGGUGAGAAAGGUGAGGUGGUGGAGACGGUGGAGGAUGUGAUUGUUCGGAGGCUCACAGCGGAGAGGAUUGACGAGCUAAAACGGCUGAUCAAAGAAACACAGGAGAAGCACAGGAAACUCAAGAGAGAGGCUGAACUGAUUCAAGCAGGCCAUCUGGACUCCAAACUAGAAGAGUUAUGGGAAGAGAUUGUGCAAAAGAAGAAGAUGGAGGAGGAAGAAGCAGAGCUGAAAAGAAAGACCACAGAUGCUGCUUAUCAGGCCAGGCAGAAUGCAAAGAACACACCCAAGCGAGUGCCCAGUGUCACCGUUCAUUCACCCCCAGAGUGCAGCUCGCCCAGCCUGGACUUCUCACCGGGUGACCCACUCCAGUGCUUGACAGAUGAUCCUGCAUCCACAAAAAAUCAGGCCUCAGGUUCAGCCAGGUUAAUGCCAUUGGCCGAGUCUUCUGCACCUGCGAAUGAUGAGGUCGGUCAAGCGCCUCUCCUGGACGACUCCACGCAGAAGAAACUCCUGGGCCAGAAAGCCACACCGCCACCAUCGCCCCUCCUGUCAGAGUUACUGAAGAAAGGCAGUCUCUUACCCACAAACUCCAGACUGAUUGGGGAGGGUGAUGUGUCCACCGGUCACAUGACAGGAGCACAUGACCUGCAGCUGGCUCCACCCAGCCUACCUGUCUCCCAAGCAACAGGUGCCCCUACGUUGUCUCGUCUCCUGGAGGCUGGAGCCACCCAGUUUUCUGCCCCGUUAGGUUUCAUGGCCAGUCCAGACUCCGCCUGCAGCGCUGCUCCCUCUGCUGCCACUCCUCUUCCUGCAGACUCUCCUGCCUCAGCAAGUACAGAAGGGGAUGUGUUGGUGCCAUCUGUGUUAUCUGGAUGCCAGCCUGUCCCCGGGGCGGGAAAGGUAUCUGAGCUCAGUGAAGAGGACGUCACUGUGUCCUACAUGGGGGAUGAACUGGACCUGAAGACAGUGGGAGACAUCAUCGCCAUCAUUGAGGAUAAGGGGGAUGAGAGUGCGGAGGCUUUGGACGCAGCUGCUGUAGAGGCUGCUCUGUCCCUGUGUGAGGAGAAUGGCCAUGCACUGUCUAGUGCCUGGGAUGCUGGGCCUUUCAAGCCCCAUGAGUCUAACCCUGUAGUGCCCACGGGAGUCCCACACCCCUCAUCUCUUCACAGUAGCCUGGUGGGGAAGACAGAAGUGUUGGAAAUUCAGGGUGGGACUUCAGCUCCACUCUCCUCUCCAUGCAAUAGUCAGGAUAACUGUCUCUCGGCAUUCCCUGUGGGACUCAGAGGCCUUCCUCCCACCUCCUUAUCCUCAUGCGGCUCAAGGAUUUCGGAGCACUCCCAAACUGGAGCGCCUCCGCAGCCCGAGGCAAUAGGAGAGACUGGAGAGGAGGUGCAUCAGGAAAGCCAAAUUUCAUUGGACGUUACCAUAAAGUGUGAGAGUGAGAACUGGGCACAGCAAAGACCUGAUAAACCCCAUGGAGACUCAGUAUUAGAAGAUAGCCCACUGACAGAAAGGCACCCCAAGGAGAUGAAGGCAGAGGAUGACGGGGUAAGUGUUGGGGAAGGGGAGAAUGUCUCAGGGACUAAAGCGGACCUGGAGGCGAACGGGCCAGGAGGGUGCGGAGCAGAAGAGGAAGGUGAUGGAGCGGAGGCAUUCCUGUCAGAGCCAGACGGGGAGGCGGAGCUCGAACCUCCGGCCAGCGAGAGCGAGGACGGUUGCAGCCUCCACACCGCCUCCUCGUCUCUGCAGCUCCACACAACUGCAGACUCCAUCCCCAGCAGCCCUGCUUCAUCUCAGUUUUCUGCAUGCAGUGAGGACCAGGAAGCUAUCCAGGCGCAGAAGAUCUGGAAGAAAGCCAUCAUGCUGGUGUGGCGUGCAGCAGCUAAUCACAGGUAUGCAAAUGUGUUCUUGCAGCCGGUAACAGAAGAAAUUGCACCAGGGUACCACAGCAUUGUACACAGGCCGAUGGACCUGUCCACCAUAAAAAAGAACAUCGAAACGGGUUUGGUACGGACCACGGCUGAGUUCCAGAGGGACAUCAUGCUGAUGUUUCAGAACGCGGUCAUGUACAACAGCCUGGACCACGACGUGUUCCACAUGGCCCUGGAGAUGCAACGCGACGUCCUUGAGCAAAUCCAGCAGUUUCUCGCCACCCAGCUCAUCAUGCAGACAUCCGACUCCGGUAUCAGUGCCAAGAACCUGAGGGGCCGUGAGAGCACGCGCAAACAGGACUCCACUGACAAGGACACUGUCUCCAUGGCUUCCCCCGCCUUCCUUCUCUCUCUUUUUGAUGGGGGCACCAGAGGGCGCCGUUGUGCCAUUGAAGCUGACCUCAAGAUGAAGAAAUGACCACAUGAAAAUCAUGUCUGAGUCCCCCCAGUUUAAGUGAAUGGCGUAACAAUAUGAGACUUAACUUAUUUCCUGUCUGUUGCACAUGGAUGCGUGCUUCAAGUACAAUGAGCAUAAUGUGCAAUGUAAUCGUUUCCUUGCAGUAUAGAUUAAAGGGGCAGACUGUAACGUG